AUGAAUUCACUGCCUGAUCUCUAUAAGAAGAAAAACAAAUUUUAUCGUUAUUAUAAGAAAAACGCAUCGGUACAAACAAUACAGCGUUAUAAAAAUGCACAGAAACAAUUUGAUCAAGCAUGUUUGAAAGCGAAAAAAGAUCACAUUGAUCGUAUAAAUCAUGUAAGCUGCGCAAGUAAAUACUGGUGGUAUUUAUUAAAACACAGUGUACGUAAGGGUAAUUCAUGUUCUAAACCCGUCUUGAAAAAUUUUAAUCAGCAGUUAGUUUACGAUCAUAGGGAAAAAGCUAACAUUUUAAACGAUCACUUUGUGUCUAUUUGUACGAUGCCUGCUAAUCAGUAUAAUAUAGAUAUUCAACUGGACACUUUGCCAUCAGCUAGCACGAAAUUACAUGUUUUUAACGUCACAGGAUCAGACAUUGAGAAAAUUUUAUCUAAACUGGAUGUGAAUAAAGCAGCAGCUCCUGGAGUAACAAAUCGUCUUCUUCGUGAAUCCGUUACAAUUAUUAGUGAGGAUAUUGCACAUAUUUGUAGAAUGUCGCUACAUGAAUCUAUCUUUCCAGAAUCCUUUAAAACAGGAUAUGUAAAUGCUUUAUUCAAAGGUGGAGAUCAUACAUCACCAGACAGUUAUCGUCCUAUUCACUAA